AUGGGAUAUGUGCGGCUGACCCCGGGCAGAGAGUACCUGGAGGAGUUCCCCGGGGACGGCCGCGAAUGCGUCAACUGCGGAGCCAUGUCCACCCCGCUCUGGAGGAAGGACGGCACCGGGCACUACCUGUGCAACGCCUGCGGGCUCUACCACAAAAUGAACGGCAUCAACCGGCCGCUCAAGCCGCAGAAGAGGCUGUCCUCCUCGAGACGUGCUGGCCUUUGUUGCACUAACUGCCACACCACCAACACCACGCUGUGGAGGAGGAAUGCCGAGGGCGAGCCCGUCUGCAACGCCUGCGGCUUGUACAUGAAGCUCCACGGGGUACCACGACCUCUGGCCAUGAAAAAGGAAAGCAUCCAGACGAGGAAAAGGAAGCCUAAAAACAUUACCAAAGGCAAAGCCUCAACAGGAUCCACAACUUCAGCCACAAACUCCCCUUCUUCCAUCACCACCUCAGACAGCACGGUCACUUUAAAGUCAGAGCCCAGCACAACCUCACAGUACCCUGGACAAACCAUCGUGUCGGUGUCCCAGGCACAGAGCCAGUCGGACGAGGCGCUGCCCGGCGAGUUCAAGUUCGAGCCCGAGGAUUACAGCUUCUCUGGGGGCAGCAUGGCCCCGCAGCCCGGGCUGAGCGUGCCCCUCCGGCAGGACUCCUGGUGUGCCCUGGCGCUGGCCUAGGAGCCACCAGCACCCACAGAGAGCCUCGGGACCAACCUUUGUGGCUGUGUGACGGGCAGGAGAACAGCUGCCCCGGCGCCCUGCAUUGAGGAGCAUCCAGCACAGCCACAGGACAGGUUUCUCUUGGAGGAUGCCCUUGGGAAACGCCAGCUGGAUGGGGCUGGGAUGGCCCCACUGUGGCACCAGGUCCCCAAAAACUCAUCCUUCCCCAAGGCUGGAGCCUCCAUUUUCCUGGGGAAGGCCUUCCUCCUCUGAGAUGAAACCAGCAAAUAAAUGCAUCCCACAAUCUGUUUAUUCGCAGUGAUUUCUCCCUCCUAUGACUCCACUGUGUGCAAUUUAUUCCACUUCCCAAUAAAAGACUGUAAUAACAUGGCAC